AUGUUCAGUCUUCUUUCCCGAGGCCAGGCCGUGGUCAACCAGUCGUUGACGGCUUCAGCUGUUGCUGCUGCCUUGGUCGUGUUCCUCUCAAUUCUCCAGCUCUUCAAAGACGAUGUCUGGAGUAUCGACACGUCCCUGAUAUCCAACAUCAAGGCCAACGCUUCCUUGAAGAACCUGUUUGCAUACGGCGCCGUGGGUGGCAAACCAAAGGAGAAUUCCAAGAUCCAGUUUGACUUGGACGCCGACUUGACCUCUCUUUUCAACUGGAACACGAAACAGGUGUUUGUCUACUUGACAGCAGAAUACGAGGGAAAGACCGACAAGGCCUCCAACAAGGACGCGGUUUUGCACUUGAAGAACCAGAGAUCAAAGUACUCUGUUUGGGACGUGGAGCGUUCUUUUAGAGGCAGAGACGCUACUCUUCGGUUGGAGUGGAACAUCCAGCCCUGGGUCGGGCCCUUGCUUUACGGAAGCACCACUACGGAGCUGACCUUCACGUUCCCAGAGGUGAAGAAGCCCAAGAAAAAGUCCGAGUAA